GAGGGUUUGAAGGAAUCCCAUCUCUGGUUCUGCACCUGCAGCUCGUCCCCACCCGACAGCAACAUGAAAGUCUCUGUGGCUGCCCUCGCCAUUCUCCUCAUCGCUGCCUUCUGCUCGCAGGCCUCAGCUGCUGGUCCACAGGCACUCAACACCCCAAGAGUCUGCUGCUAUAAAUACUCUCUCAAACCAAUUUCACGGAGCCGCGUGGUGAAGUAUGAAUACACCAGCAGUGACUGCUCCAAGCCGGCUGUGAUCUUCACCACCAUCAAAGGCAAAACAUUAUGCACCAAUCCAGAUGAGAAAUGGGUCCGGGAUAUUGUGAUUCAGCUGAGGGCGAGGGAAGCCGUUUCAAUGGCACCCUUAGCCUAGGGACUGACAUCUUCCUGCAAAGCACUUUCCCAAACAGAUUUCCAGGAAGCACUUUACCUGCUCUCUCUACAUUGGCAACACUUUGAAUCCUUAUGGGCUAUUUGACCCAAUUAAUGUUGAACUGCAAAAGAUUCUAAUGGCUCUGAAUUGUAUUUAAGGGAAUUUUAAUGGCUCUGAAUUGUAUUUAAGGGAAAUUUUAAUAUAUUUCUUAUGUGAACUGUGAAAUAUUUCAUUCUCCUUUGUAUU